CUGUUACACAGAGAAACCUUGUCUUGAAAAACAUAAAUAAUCCUAAAACAAAAGCAGCAGCUCAAGGGUAGUAGACCUUGUUUAACCUGCUUGGUGCCAGAGUUUUCAGUCCCUAGCAAUGGGAUAGGUUAGCCCUGGGUUCUCAGAAAGAGUUCUGUGCUGGUCCUGAGCAGCUAGCUCCCUUUUCUCCGUCAUCUGCUGCCCAAAGGAAUCCAGCUCCUGUUUUGCAAGUUGCUUCUUAAUGUGUCUGGACCCCUGGGACUGACUUCACACCACCUCUCUGCUCUUCAGCCCUCACAUUGUUUCAAAUGGUGCCUAAGAGGUCAGUGAAACUACAGCAUGCCUCUCAGUACCUGUCAUAGUUUAGCUUUUACUCAACACCAUAGAAUCCCACCUCCAUUCUCACAUAAACCCCUCAGUGCCACAAUGACCUGUGUUUGAAUGAACAGUUUAUUAGGCAGGAGACAAAGAUCAAAAAGAGAUGCUGGGGCUAGAGAGAUGGCUCAGCUUUAAGAGCACUUGCUUCCAGGCACCCAAGUGGUGGGUCACAACCAUCUGUAAUUAUAAUUCCAGAGGAUCUGAUGCCCUCUCUGUCUUCCACCAGCACCAGGUAUGUACAGGCAAGCAAAACCGCCCGUGUACAUUUUUAAAAGUUGUUUUAAUUUUAAGGGAAAUGAUGAAAGAUUCGUUAACAACGGUUGGAACAAAGUAAACAUUGGCUAAUGACUAGUGGGCAGACAAUAGUCAAAUAGUAGGAAUACAGAAAGCAACUACUUGUGCUCAGCAGGAAGAGAAGGAAAGAGAGUAAGGAAAACACUUGCAGCCACAGCUGAGCUCCUAACCCUUCCAAGGAGCUCAUUUACCACAGGAACAGGAAUAUGCAGGCCUAAUGGAAGUGGAGAAACAUUCCACCAGGUCGGGAGACAGCUGGGGUCGCCAGAUACCACGGGACACACAGGGUGCAGUGAAAUGGCUUAACUGGCUGUCCUGUCUUUUAUGUCAGUUGGAAAGAGUUGCAAGCUAGUACAGCCAGGGAUUCCAAGAACUCUUUAGUGGGGAAAGCAUGGUAUGAGGAUGCAGCUGACUGGUUUUGAGGACAGGAGGUGAGCAUCAAGGGAUCUUUCGUGAACCACUGUACAUUGAAUGAGAAGGAAGAGAAACAGCACCCAGAAAGGAAGUGCCGGCACAUGUCUGGUUAACAGCCUGCCACUGAAGUGUAGGGCAAAGGAGAAACUCAUCCCAAAGCCAGGCAGAGAAAUGCAGGUUUGGGGGCUGGAGAAAUGGCUCAGAGGUUAAGAGGCAUUCCUCAGGAGUCUGAGUGCUUUUCCACAGGUCCUGAGUUCAAUUCCCAGCAACCACAUGGUGGUUCACAAUCAUCUCUAAUGUAAACUGGUGACCUCUUCUGUGAUGCAGUCAUUCAUUCAAAUAGAGCACUCAUAUACAUAAAUAAGUACAUCUUUUUAAAAAAGAAAUUAGGUUUUGGGACUCUCCAGUCACCACUUAAGCCAAUUGCUAGGCUCUAACUAGGUAUUGAAAAGCCAUGUUUUCAUUAGAAGGCAAUUACCCAGAUGAUGAUUCAAAUAUGAAUAUGAAUCUUUUUAAACGCAACAGCAGAUAAAAAGUGUGGGGAGGAGGAUCAUCUCUUCUUUAACUCCUCCCUCCAGUUUCUGGAACAAUAUUAGGAAAUUUGAUCCCACAAAAGGCCACUUCUACAACUGAGAAGAGUAAAAUUUGGUUAGAGUAAAGCAGUUUGCCUACAGCGCCACCAUCAGUAAGUGGCCAGGCUAGAGAAUUUUUCAACACACAAGCCUCACCUAAAAAACAUUACUGCUGUCUGGAGUAACUGAAAAAUUACUGAAGAACGUAGAUUUAUUCUGUAUGACUCUGCAAAAGGAAAGAACAGACAGGCUAUUUCGGCUCAUUCCAAGAGGGAAGCGUUCAAGUAAUAAACGUGCAAGUGCCAAGGGAGAGAAAGAACCAUAUAAGUGAAAGAGUAAGCGCGCGACGCAAACUCGAAAUUGCAGCUGCUUUGCUAAUAAGAUAGAGCGUGAGUAGCAUUAUCUUCAGUACAGAAUUGUUUCGGCUCGAAGUAGUCGGGGCCACCGGGAGGUGUUUUCUGUACCUCUAGGUCAAGCUAGAAAGACCACGAACGUGUGACAACACCCAGACUCUUCUCGGCCGUUUCGGUCGUCACUAGAUCAUGUCCGAAAGGCAGCGCUCUCAGCUGAGAACACUACAAAUCCCAUCGUGCCUCCCCAGCGGAGGUGGGUGGGCCCUUGGUGCACGUGGGCGACCCUGACCAAUAACGACUGUCGUUACAGCGAACAGUUUGGCCGCGUUUGUAAAAGGCCGCAGCAGGCAAAGAGAGACGCGGCGAGGGCGGUCGCCAGCGAGAGGUCCCUAGAGGUGCGAGGUAGGCUGCCAAGAGCUCUACCUAGGGGAGCUGGAAUCAAACCGGAACUCUGACUGGAACCCUGAGCAAGCUUUGCCGGGGGGGAAAGAGAAUGUCUGCAUUGUUACAUCAGAGAUGAGCCUUCAGAAGACUUGGGCCAAGUGGCAUGUCUCACUGCAAAUGAGCAUGCCUGUCUCUGAGCUGUCUCUUCAUCACAAACUAAGGAAGCACACUUGAGGUCUUAUGGACACAGGUUCCACUCUUCUCCAGGUGCCCUGGCAGCUGGUACAGGGACUGUGAACAAUGGAACCAAACUCUCAGAGGACUAAAGUCCCAGCUUUCUUAUCUGACUUGGGGAAGGCCACAUUGAGGGGAAUCAGGAAGUGUCCCCGAUGUGGUACGUACAAUGGAACCCGUGGGUUGAGCUGUAAGAACAAGACAUGCGGAACCAUAUUUCGCUAUGGUGCCCGGAAGCAGCCUAGUAUUGAAGCUGUCAAAAUCAUCACAGGCUCUGAUCUACAGGUCUACUCUGUGCGGCAAAGAGACCGGGGCCCUGACUACCGAUGCUUUGUGGAGCUAGGUGUUUCAGAGACGACAAUCCAGACAGUGGAUGGGACAAUCAUCACUCAGCUGAGCUCUGGCCGGUGUUAUGUCCCCUCGUGUUUGAAAGCUGCCACUCAAGGCAUGGUGGAAAACCAGUGUCAGCACAUCAAGCUAGCAGUUAACUGCCAGGCAGAGGCUACCCCUCUGACUCUGAAGAGUUCAGUCCUGAAUGCUAUGCAGGCCCCCCCAGAAACCAAACAGACCAUCUGGCAGUUGGCCACAGAACCUACGGGUCCCCUAGUACAGAGGGUCACUAAAAACAUCAUGGUAGUAAAAUGCAAGGCAAGCCAAAAGCACAGCUUGGGCUACUUGCACACGUCCUUCACGCAGAAAAUCAGCUCCAGAAGCCUGCCAGAGCGCCGCUUCUUCUGCUCCUGCCAGACUCUGAAGUCACACAAGUCCAGCGUCCCCAAGGCUGAGGCAGCCCCGAGGUGCAUCCACUUCUUUGCCUGCCUCUGUGCCUUUGCCAGUGAUGAAACGUUGGCUCAGGAAUUCUCGGACUUCCUAAAUCUUGAUGCCAGCGGUCUUAAAGAACUAGUUGUGCCCCAGUUAGGCUGCCACUCAGAAUCAUCUGUCUCCGCUUGUGAAUCUGCUGCCCCUAAGCCACGGAAGAGGAAGAAGGAGGAAGUGUCUGGUUCACAGGUGAACAACUCCCUGAUGCCUCAAGACGCAGUAAACAGCAGUGUAAGGAAGAGUGGCCUGAAAAAGCCCGUGGUUGCCGCUUCACUAAAAAGGCAAGUCUGUGGUCAGCUGUUAGAUGAGGCACAAGUGACCUUGUCCUUCCAAGAUUGGCUGGCCAGUGUCACAGAGCGUAUCCAUCAAACCAUGCACUAUCAGUUUGAUGGCAAACCAGAGCCCCUGGUGUUCCACAUUCCUCAGUCCUUUUUUGAUGCCUUGCAACAGAGAAUAUCCAUAGGAAGUGCAAAAAAGCGGCUCCCCAACUCCACCACAGCUUUUGUUCGGAAAGAUGCCUUGCCGCUGGGAACCUUUUCCAAGUACACCUGGCAUAUCACUAAUAUUCUGCAAGUUAAACAAAUUUUAGACACCCCAGAGAUGCCCCUGGAAAUCACACGGAGCUUUAUCCAGAACCGGGAUGGGACUUACGAGCUGUUUAAAUGCCCUAAAGUGGAGGUAGAGAGCAUAGCAGAAACCUAUGGCCGAAUAGAGAAGCAGCCAGUGCUGAGACCUUUGGAGCUGAAAACCUUCCUCAAAGUUGGUAACACUUCUCCAGAUCAAAAGGAGCCAACACCCUUUAUUAUUGAGUGGAUUCCGGACAUACUCCCACAAUCCAAGAUUGGUGAGCUUCGAAUCAAGUUUGAGUAUGGUCACCACCGGAAUGGGCAUGUGGCUGACUACCAAGACCCAAGGCCACCCCUGGACCAGCCUUUGGAGCUGGCCCCUCUGACCACUAUCACUUUCCCUUGAGGCAAAUCGAGUUAUUUUGCGGAGUUUGCACAUCCCCACCCCUGACCACUGUAAAUUCUAGUAGCACUUAAUGUGGCCCCUGCUAAUAAACUGCACUUAGCUAAGGUGCAGUUGCUCAGAGCAUCCAUGUGGGUUCUGUAGAAGGAACUCUUGUACAUAGCCUUGUUGGCACUGCUGUGUACAGUCUUAUUAUAAACUAGGCACUUAUUUCUGACCAAGUCCAGGUCAUUGGCGUUCUCAUGGAGUCACCAGCAGCUCACCGAUUUUCUGUAAUUCUCUAUGAAGUCGGCAGCUCUGGAACUUAGCCAACAGUGUGAAAAAGAGAACGAUGCCCUGGGCAGAGCAGAAUGCAAAGGAUCUGCCUGAGAGCUCCAAUACUCUAUCCUGAUAGCAAAUAAAAUAGUGUCACUAGUUUUUCCAAAUGGUA